AUUCUUCUCUUCCUUGAUGUCUUACUAUCACCAUUAGCUUGUGAUGAAAGUGUAAAUCUGGUUGCUCUCUGUUUACCUACCUUUUUUUGAAAGAGUUUAAACCAAACUUGACUGUUCGUAAGCAGGCAAAGGCUACUUGAUCUCAACUCUGUUCAUAGCGGUUAACAUUUGAUGUAGAAUUGAGGCUUUGAGAUGGCCGUAAUGACCAGUCAGAUGCCUCCACCAUUAGACGGCUCAUCUGAUUCAAUAUCUCAUUCCUCUGUACGAAACCGACGCAAUCUGAGGAGCUUGAUUGCCAAUUCGGCUUCACGAACCAAGUCCCUUCCCCCUGGCGUACAGAGGAAUACUCUUCCUACCGGUGCUGUAGCACGACCGCCUGUACUGCCUCUAUCAUCAGCCCAGGCAGAUUCUUCUCAAUCGCAAACAUUUUCAGCGUCUCAGACUCGACCAAAAUCAACUUCUGUCUCUGUCACAUCAUCUGCUCGGCCAAGUCCGCGAUUCCACGUUACCAAUCCAACAGAACUACCUCCAUCAACAAAUCCCAACAAAGUCUCAGCAGCGAAGUCGCAUGAAUUGAACAGGCCAUUACCUGCACCCGUAUUCAGCACAGGUUCGGGUUCGGAGGGCAACGUUGCCCGAAAACAAUCCGGUCCCCCUUCGCCUCCGCGUAUCAAUACAACAGGCCUACACCUACAAUCACCACCUUUAUCUGCUGCCAGUAACUGCAGUCCAUUUCCGUCAGAGUCUAACUCCACGGCGUCUUCAACAUCUUCCUCCACUUCUUUCACUCCGAAACGCAUGUCAAAAGUGAUCCUUCCAAUUGGGCCUACGCAUGUACCUGCACCCCUUCCAUUACACGACGCCUCGUUUCACAACGAAAGAACAACCCCAGUAUCUGCCUUAUCUUCACCAUCGGGUGGUACGAGAUCAGUUGUUCGACCUCUCCCUCCCCCUCCUUCAUUGCCCAAACUUGUGGGGGCCUCAUUAGCAGGACCACGACCUCGUUCUUCUUCUCGUGGAGCUUCGUCGAAAGUUCGUUCACGCACUAAUUCAGCCGUCGGUCGAGGAGAUGUUAUUUCUCGACCUCAGCUUUCUUUUGACCCUACAUCAAGCUCGUACGUCAUCAAAACGGCUAACGAGGUUAAUGGUCAAUUUUCCACUAUAGCCAGCGGUGUGGAGUCGAUUAAGAGUGGUAGUCGAAGUCGAAGUGCUCGCAUGCAUACACACAAUAGAUCACACAGUGCGCAGACCAAAAACUUUUCUUCCAUGAUUCUGCACGAUGUCAGAGACAUUCGGGAUACAUCCUCGUCGGUAUCUAGUUCAAACGACCAUUCUGUUGUGACUAGGAAAAGCAAACAAGUCGUACGGUCUGCCCCUUGCUCAGAUACGGAAGAAGGCUCCUCUUUGUCCAAAUCGGUUAGGACACGACAAAAGCUUGUGCUGCACAAUCCAAGCUCCUCCAUGACUGUUCGUUCAGCUCCAACCUCGGAUACAGAAGACUCCCCUACCUACGAAUUGACUUCUUCUCCUCUACUCUUGCCUCCCACAGGCUCUAUCAAGGAUAUGCUGCCGAAGCCUCUCACAAUCCGGACUGACAAUAUACUUCAACCACUGUCCACCAGACCCGCUUUCCUUUCAACCCAAAGUAAUCCUAUUGAGCCACUUACGAUUGCUCGGCGUAUUUCACCUCCCAAUCUAGCGCAAGGAUCUACCUUUAAAUUGACCUCACCACCUCUUCCAUCUUUGACUGAAGAUAUUGGUUACGCUGAUGCAGGUUUUGUUGACGAUUCCCGGGUCUACGCUGAUGAUGGGUUUGAUGGACCAGGUGGUCUCGGUGCAUUCAGCACCUCUGUAGAUCCAGAUGUCGAUCUGGACAUUGGGGAAAUGGUAUUCAACUCACGUCCACCAUCAGGCGAGUUCAUGGGUCCUUCCGUCAUGGAUUUGGACAUGGAUGCUCGUGGCAGACACGCUUCGAGACCAACCCCAGUCCCUCGCUGGAAAUCUGCAGAUUCUCAUGCGACGAACGCUGAUUUGCAGAGGGACGAACAUGGGAAACAUGCGGAUACAAAGAGCAGACACAAUGCUUCUCGUGGGAGUCGUAGCGCCAGUCAAGCGGUGAUAAUGUCGAGCUUCAAGGCACAUGUUCAUGUGCACCCUGUUCAUGAGUUAGAGCUUGGUCCCAGUCCUAUCAAUAUGGAUUUGGAGCCUGAGAUGGUUUUUUCGAAGAAUCCAAGGUCAUUUACACCGUUAGGGUCUGUUCCCGGGGUAUUGGACAUGGGCGAGCGCAGGUAUAUUCGCGGAAAAUGGAGAUCACCGAGCCCUGUUACACCGACUGGGGCCGUCCCCCCGCGAAAUCCAGCAGCUGGACAAUUUGCACCCGUGAGGGCGAGAGGGUUUUAUGAAGACUGGUAGCACUAGCAUUCUGUAGCGAUUAUCUCA